GCUCCUCUUUAAAUACCCUUCGACCCAGCGAUUUUAACAUAAGGACAUACAAACAUUUUAAAUACACUAAGCUACAACAAUAUCACUUGGAGGUCAUAAGACUAGUAUAAUCUCGAUCCGCCAUGAACAACCAACACUACUCAGCCCCUCCUCCAUACACCUCUAAUGCUCCCACUUUCAACCCUCAGAACGCUCCCACUUUCGACGACACCCGAUGGCUCCUCGACACACAACGACAAUUCAACCAACCCACCAACUACCGCAAUCUCCUCUGUCAGAUCUUUCACGCCCCAGAUCACUGGUGGGAUGAAUUCCUCGCCAUCUGCGCUUUGUCUUUGCACCCUAGAUUUUGCCACUCAAACACAUCUGUAUGGAAUUUCUACAACACCUUGCAAAUCCGCGAAAUGCGAACGGAGUAUUUGACAGGAGGGCGGAGUUUCACAAACGAGACGGGAGAAGUUUGUAACUGGUUAGCGUUUUGUCUUAGGGAGUUGAGGAAUCAGGGAAUUGAGUGGAAUCCAGAUGCUUCAGGAUCUUCAUCGGGUACGAGGAGAGAGAGAAGAGAGCGAAGACAAGACGACUCUGCUCCGUGGUUAGAGUGGUGGUGGGAUGGAGAUAUUGUCCGAUUUACCUUGUAUGGCUAGGAAUAAGUCUUACUAGUGACGAUGAUGAAUUAGCUUCAGUUGGGCGUUCAUCGUCAUGCUGUUAGCACUCAGCUGGGGUGGGUGGAAUCAGAGAGUAAUUCAGGGGUUCAGGUAGUAACCUUUA